AUGUCAAGGCCACUCCAGUCUGUAAGUCACUCGGGUCCAGGGAGGCUUGCUAAUAACCUAAGCAAAGAGGCCUGUGAGGCUAAGCCACCAGAAGGCAGCCACCUUCACUUCGCAGCCUGGCAAAAUGUUCCAGUGGCUUGUUUUGAUGUACCUUUGGAAGUGGUUUCUACCGGGAACCCAAUCACAUACAACAAAAAGGCAGCUGACCCAGUCCAGCCUGACCUUGCCAGCUUGUUGGUGAAAAACAAGACUCUUUUAGCUGAGCUGAGAAAUCUUCAAAGCAAGCUUUUCAUGAAAGAAACUUCAUUGCAAAAGAUAAAGACUGAGUUAGAGAGUUACAAAGAAAGCAACGCCCAGCAGUCACUGCAGAUGAUGUCUCUGAGAGAUGACAUUAAGAACCUUCAGGACCUUAUUGCUUCUCUAAUGAAAAUUAAGAUUAUGAAAAACACAGAUUCGCAGAAUCUUGGAAGAGGCAACUGGAACCUAACCGAGCGAGUGGUAGACCUAGAGAACCAUCUAAGAGAGCACCUGGUGGAAAGAGAGAAGGCAGAAGGAAAGGCUCAGCUUCUGGAGAAAAGGUGGUCCUGCCCCAGCAGGUGCUCCCCCUAUGUACAUUUGAAAGGACCAGAAGACUCCUUGGAUAUUUUCCCAGUGAAGGACAAUGGUGAAGCCUUCAACCUUGAGAGAGACAACGUUGUUUACUCUGAAGGACCAAUUGAUGGACAAAACAUUGGGGAUAAAUGUCAACAAGAUUCGAUCCACAAGGAAAAGCUGACAAUUGAGGUGGACAGACUGCCAUCUUCCUGCCGCUGGGAAGCCACACCCGAGCAAGCCCAUCACCAGAACUUCCUCCGUCAGCUGGCUACUCUACUGAGUGACAGCAUCAGCCCCACCCUAGCCACAGAGGAAGCCGUGAAAGAGAGGAUCCAGGAAAUGGGCACAAACAAACAGUUAUGGAAAUCUAAAAUGGAAACCUUGCAGCAGGAAAUUCAGACGCUCAGCAAGAGGCUUGAGAGUCUGUGCCGCCUUUAUGAGGAAGCUGCUGAAGAAAAUUACAUGGAACAGAAAAGACACUUGCGACAUCUGGAAGGAAAGGCUCCUGCCAACCCCUCCCUGAGGGGUUUAGACGUGGGAAGGAAGAAAGAAAACUCCAGGACUCGGACUGCCCACACAGAUAAGCCCAGCAAGCUUGCUCAUUUAGGGGUGUUCUUGGAUAUUGAGCAGAAUUCCAAGAUGGCUUCAGCCCCAAGGAUGGAAGAGAAAAUUCAGAGACUUCAGAAGCAGCUUAGUGAUUUGAGGUUGUCAAACAAAAACAUGAAAACUCAACUGACAAGAAUGAACGACCUUAAGGACAAGACGAUUGAGAGGCUCAGGCAAUCUGUAACAAAAGUUGAAACAGUGAAAGAGAAGACAGGUACCAAAACAGACAACUUAAAAACCACACCGGACGCUGCUGGGCAGGAGAAGGCACCGCAGGCGGCAGCCCGGGGCCCUGUUGAGCCCCCCACCGGCAGGAGCCCCCCGAAAGGGGUCUCAGGACGAGAGCAAGAGCUUACCGACUUUCGAGAAACCAUUAUGAAGAUGUUGGGGUUUAACAUGAAAACAGCAGACAAGGAAGUCAUCAAUCAACUGAAGCUCGUCAUUCAAGUCUAUGAAAUCUCCAAGAGAUCAAAGACGGCUUCUCACUGUGAGAGCGGACAGGACAAGUGA